AUGUCUGGAAACAACAUUAAAGUUGUGUGUCGUUUCCGUCCACAAAACUCACUUGAGAACAGAGAAGGCGGUGUUCCUAUUAUUGAAAUAGAUGAUGAAGGGGCCAAUGUCCAGUUGAAGGGUGAAGCAACAAGCAGCUUUUCAUUUGAUAAAGUGUUUGGAAUGAACACUCCACAAAAAGAUGUAUUUGAAUACUCUAUAAAAAGCAUUGUUGAUGAUGUCACUGCAGGUUAUAACGGAACGGUCUUCGCGUAUGGUCAAACCGGUUCCGGUAAAACAUUUACUAUGAUGGGUGCUGAUAUUGAUGAUGAAAACACAAAGGGUAUCAUUCCUCGUAUUAUUGAACAAAUUUUUACAAGUAUCAAUGAUGCACCGAGUAAUCUUGAAUUCACUGUCAAAGUAUCUUAUAUGGAAAUCUAUAUGGAAAAAGUGAGAGAUUUAUUUAACCCAUCUGCUGAUAAUUUGGCUAUUCAUGAAGAUAAGGCACGGGGUGUCUAUGUCAAGGACUUGUGUGAAAUCUAUGUUGCUAAUUCCGACGAAGUCUAUACAGCCAUGAAAAAUGGCAGUAGUAACCGUGUAGUUGCUUAUACACAAAUGAACGCUGAGAGUUCUCGAUCGCAUUCUAUUGUGGUCAUCACAAUCACACAAAAGAAUCUAGAUACAGGUGCUGCAAAGAGUGGUAAACUCUAUUUAGUAGAUUUGGCUGGUUCAGAAAAAGUAGGCAAGACAGGUGCUUCUGGUCAAACAUUAGAAGAAGCCAAAAAGAUCAAUAAAUCCCUCACUGCUCUUGGUAUGGUCAUCAAUGCUUUAACAGACGGAAAGUCAAGCCACAUCCCUUACCGUGAUUCUAAACUGACACGUAUCUUGCAAGAAUCACUUGGUGGUAACUCACGUACAACACUCAUCAUUAACUGUUCGCCUUCUUCUUACAAUGAAGCUGAAACAAUCUCUACGCUUCGAUUUGGUAUGAGAGCCAAGACCAUCAAGAACAAGGCUAAAGUCAAUUCUGAUCUAUCUCCUGCCGAACUGAAGGCUCUGCUCAAGAAAGUCAAGUCAGAAACCAUCACUUUCCAGACCUACAUUGCUGCUCUUGAAGGUGAAGUGACUGUCUGGCGUGGUGGUAAAACACUGCCUGAAGACAGAUGGGUCACGAUGGAUAAGAUCACCAAGGGUGAGUUUUCUGCAUUACCUCCUGCAUCCAACUUUAGGGCUUCUACUGUAACUGAAGAUGUCUCUCGUCCCACAACGCCUUCUGUUGUGCUUGAAAAAGACGAGCGUGAAGAACUCUUGAAGCGUGAAAAUGAAUUGAUGGAUCAAAUCGCCGAAAAGGAAACAGAACUCGCUAACCGUGAAAAGCUUUUGGAGUCCCUGAAAGAAGAAGUAGGAUACUACAAAGAACAAGAAGCUAUUGUCACAAAAGAGAAUCAACAGAUGACAUCCGAGUUGAGUGAACUCAGAUUGCAGCUGCAAAAGAUUUCUUAUGAAAGUAAAGAGAAUGCCAUUAAUGUGGACUCUCUUAAAGAAGCCAAUCAAGAGUUGAUUGCCGAGUUGGAAGAACUCAAAAAGAACUUGUCUGAAGUACGCCUUGCUCACAAGGAUAGUUCUGAUAGUGAAAAGGAAAAAAAGAAGGCACAGAAAUUGGCCCAGAUCAUGUUCAAACUGGAUCCUUCUGGUGAAAUCAACGAAAAAGAGCGUCAAAUCCGUGAUUCUCUUCACAAGAUCGAAUCUGAAGGUCAUGGUUCUUUUAGCUUGGAAGAAUUGGUUGCUCUUCGCCGUGAUUUGGCUGAAUCCAAGAUUUUGUUGGAUCAACACACCAAGACGAUCACUGAUCUUAAUGAAGAAAAAGAGUCUCUUGAAAAGAAAAAGAUCGAACUUGAUGCUAAAUUCAGUAACCUUGAACAAGAAUAUGAAGAAUUAUUAGACAAGACAAUUGCUGAAGAAGAAGCAGCUGCUCAAAAGAACGCAGACAUGGAAGAAACCAUUUCUACUCUCAAGAGUAAAUUAGAAGCACAAUUUGCAUCCAAAAAAGAACUACAACAAAAGGAGAUUGAAGAUCUUAAGCAAGAAAUCGCUCAAAAGAACGAGAAUCUCCAUAAACUCACGGCUUCUUUGUCAGACCUUAAGGAUGCUAAUGAUAAGCUCCAAAGUGCCCUUGCAGAACAACCUGUUCAAGCUCAAAACAGCGAUUUAUCUGAGCGUGAAAAGGAAUUGGAACGUAUGCGCAAGAGCAUGGCUAAGGAAUUGGCUGACUUUGAGACCAUGAAGAAGGUCUUGAUGCGUGAUCUUCAGACCCGCUGUGAAAAGGUGGUUGAACUUGAAAUGUCUCUAGAUGAAACUCGUGAGCAAUACAACAAUGUCUUGAGAGCAAGUAACAACAAGGCCCAACAAAAGAAGAUGGCCUUCUUGGAGCGCAAUUUGGAGCAAUUGACCAAUGUUCAAAAGCAGGUAAAUCACAACAGCCAUGUGUGUGUAUAUGUGUGUAUACCAUCUAACUUUAUUUUCUAG